GGCCCGCCGAUCCGCACGAAGCAACAACCGCACCCUCUCGCUGUCAAACGCGUAAAGAAAUGGUUUCUUUUGUAAAAAUCGUAAUGGUGUCGUGCCGUGGCUCGCCUCCGUGUUAAAUAAUCAUGUCGAUCGAGUCGCGGACGAAUUCCGCCCUGUUCAAGCGGGCCGAGCAGCUCAAAAGAUGGGAGGAAUCCGACACGAACCGCGAGCCAACGUCGCCGAAACGGAAUCCGCGCAAAGUGAAAUUCUCGUCGGGCUGUGUAUUUUUGGCGGCGUGCGCGGCCGGGGACAAGGACGAGGUGCUGAAGCUGCUCGAGAAGGGCGCCGACAUCAACACGGCCAACGUCGACGGGCUGACCGCCCUUCAUCAGGCCUGCAUCGACGAUAACCUCGACAUGGUCGAGUUCCUGGUGGAGCAGGGGGCGGACGUGAACCGGGGCGACAACGAGGGAUGGACGCCGCUACACGCGACCGCCAGUUGCGCCUUCCUCUACAUAGCGAAGUACCUGAUUGAGAAGGGCGCGAACGUGGCGGCGGUGAACAACGACGGCGAGUUGCCGAUCGACAUCACCGAGUGCCCGAAAAUGGUGGACUUUCUGAGGAAGGAGAUCGAGAGACGGGGCAUCGAUUGCGAAGCCGCGCGAAAUGACGAAGAGACCGUGAUGCUUAGGGACGCGAAGGAAUGGCUGGCGAGUAAAAGCGUCGCGUCCGCGAACAACCCGAACCCGAAGACGGGGGCGACCGCCCUCCACGUGGCCGCCGCCAAAGGCUACCUGGACGUUAUCAGGUUGUUGCUCCAGUGCGGCGCGGACAUCGACGCCCAGGACGUGGACGGAUGGACCGCGAUGCACGCGGCCGCCCAUUGGGGUCAGGAGGAGGCGUGCCGCUUGCUGGUGGACAACCUCGCCGACAUGGAGGCGAAAAAUUUCGUCGGCCAGACGCCGUUCGAUCUCGCGGACAGCGACAUGCUCGGCGUGCUGGAGGAGUUAAGGAAGAAACAGAACAAGGAGGAGGUGAGCAAGCGGAAAGCGAGGAAGAGGCUCGAGACGCGGGACAGGACGAUCGAGACGGACGCGGAGAGCCGCGUGAAGAAGGUGAAGGUGGAGAUCGCGACCGAGGACGAGGAGAUCGUCGUCAACGAGAAUAUCGCGAUGGACGUGUCGAGCGAGAGCGAUUCUUCCUCGGACACGGAGACCACCGAGACGGACAGCGGCUCCGAGGGGCGGGACGUCGGCGGCGGCGAGGAGAAGAAGAACCGCGCCAAUUCCCAGCCGGCGAACGAGACCGCGGCGGCGGCAAAGGAGGCGGACGCUGCGAAACUGCCUCCGAUUCCUCCGAAGCCGGCUGUUUUCGACGAGGAAAACCCACCGUUGUGGAGGAAACCGUUAUCGAAGGUGACCCGGCCCGAUUCUGCAGGUCCCGAUAAAAAUUUCCGGAACGACCCGUCCGACUUGAACAACGAGAACGAGGUGACCCUGAGGCGCACCAAGAGUUUCCAGAACGACGAGCAGUUCUACUCGAGAUAUAAGGCUCUGCAUGCGCGCAUUCAGGCAAAUAACGAUACUCCUGUCAUUUCUUAUAACUCCAACAGACCUAAGUCUGACAUAAUCCUAACCAAUUCGCAACAGCAUUACAGGAACGCGACGGACGAGAAGAACGACGUCAGCGGCAGCGCGACGGACACGAGCGCCAAGGGCGCACCGGCGCCUCCGCCAAAUAACCAGUCGGCUUUCAAAAGUGACCUUAAGUUGACACUGAAGGAAACGCCGACCGAGACGAACGGCGCGAGGGCGGGCGGGGCGACCACGCCCACCACCCCGACCGGUACCAGGUUGCAGAUGUUCAAGAAUUUCUUCAAGUCGUUCGUACCGCCGGUACGUGACGAGGAAAGCGAGACGCAGCGGAAAGCGCACGCGAAACGUGUGCGCGAAACCAGAAGGUCGACCCAGGGCGUCACGUUGGAGGAAAUCAAGUCCGCCGAACAGCUGGUGAAAAUGAAGAGCCAACCGAACAACAACAACAACAACGACGAGACGCAGGGGACCAACGGAGAUCAGACCAACAGCGUGACGGCGACGAUAACGACGGCGGCGCCGACCGUAAUUACGCGCGCCGUCACCGACGGCAUCGAGGGCGCCAGGGACGGCUCGUCGCCUGGGGGCGACGCGCAACUCAUGGCGGCGUCCCAGCACGAGCGUCGACCGUCGUGGCGCCUCAAGGUCGACGGCGGUAGCAAGUUCAAGCUGGAGGAUGCGACCAAACCGGAAACGCCGAACACGCCAUCUUUCGUGAGGCGGUCAGCCGCCGCCGCCGCCACCGGGCAACGUCCCUCGUCCGCCCCCGUCGAGACGGCAGAGACCACUACCGUGACGUUGUCGUUGCGCAGGCCCAAGUCGGUCGAGGAAAAAGAUCAAGACAAGGAGAACGACGCGAGGAACGCGCAAUCGACGCUAGCGACGCAGGCGGCGAUACAACGCAGGCGCAGGCCGAAACGCAGGUCGACCGGCGUAGUUUCCUUCGAGAACAUUGACGACCUCGACCAGGACAAGGACCCGUCGGCGGGCGGCGAUUCGAGCGACGCCGCUGCCGCCGCCGGCCAACAAAACAGUAUCGAGAGCGGAUCGGACAGGGGCGGCGGCAGAUCGCGGCUCAGCAGCACCGUCGACAUUAGAAACGAGAACGGUGAGAUCGACUACAAGAAGCUGUACGAGGAGCAGCUCGCCGAAAAUGACAGGCUCAAGGACAAGCUUAGGAAAACUGACGAGGAGCUAAGGGACACGAAGCAAACGCUGGAGAAAAUUAACGUCGUCACGAGCAAGAACUCGCUGUCGGAGCUGGAGAAACGGGAGAGGCGGGCGAUGGAGAGGAAACUGAGCGAGAUGGAGGAGGAGCUGAAGCAAUUGCAAAAAUUGAAAGCCGAGAACGAACGCCUAAAGGCGGACAACAGGUCGUUGACUCGCGUCAUCAACAAACUUACCAACUCUACGAAAAAAUAGAACCUGGAGAACCUGCGGUCGGAGAACCAGCGGCUCAAAGACGAGAACGGUGCGCUCAUCAGGGUCAUCAGCAAGCUGUCCAAGUAGCGGGGCGGCGACGCCCCGCCCCCCAUCUUUUUUUUUUGUUUUUUUAUCGCCCGUCGUUUGUUUCUAUCCUAUCGCAUUUUUUUUUUGUUUUAUUUUUAAGGACCACGAUCAUUGUAUUUAUUUUCCCGUAGGUUUAGGUCAUUUUUGUACAUGAAGUAUUACAGUUUUACUCUCGACCUUGUACGUAUCGUAUAUAUUUAUUUCGUCUGUCGCAGGUAAUUUUUUUUGACUUUGUUUUUAUUAAAUUUUCGUUCGUACCCCGCCGCAAGCAACGGAGGUUAUUUUUUUUAUAAUGCGAGCAGACAAUAAAAGUGGCGUCGGGUAGUUCAAACGCGCGGCACUAAUGAAGAAAACCGGUGCUAAAAAAAAUCUGUGCCGCCCCCGGCCCGCCGCCGAACGCGUAAUUUUAAGCGUACCGUCUAAGUUCCUGCAUUUAACGUUCAGUUUCCCGUCGUGCCGGACAUCUUGUGCCUUGCUUGUCUUUUUCUCCGUUUCCGCGCGUUACGACAUAUCUCUGUGUAUCGCCAUGUUUUUUUUUGUGAACCAUGUUAAAUGUUUCCCUCCGCCCCGCGCGGGGCGGGUCCGCAUUGUGAAUAACGUUUUUAUAUAGCCGAUUAUUGAAUAAAAACACAUAUGUGAAAUGGACGACGGGGAG